CAGACGGAGCCUCUCCCCGUUCCGGGAAACUGCGACCGCAAACGGAGCGAAUUCAUCGGUGUAGUCGGAGAGGCGAGUGAAGUGCAGCUGGAGACAAGACAGCGUGGAGCGGGUUUAGUACUGAUCAUGUCAGCCAGACCGGGAUUUUACCGUCAGGAGCUGAACAAGACCGUAUGGGAGGUGCCCGAGCGCUACCAGAUCCUCACACCGGUCGGCUCGGGCGCGUACGGCUCCGUGUGCUCAGCAUACGAUGUGCAGCUUCGUCAGAAAGUAGCCAUUAAGAAGCUCUCUCGGCCAUUUCAGUCUCUCAUUCACAGUCGCCGCACCUACAGGGAACUGCGGUUGCUCAAGCACAUGAAACACGAGAAUGUUAUUGGUUUGCUAGAUGUUUUCUCUCCUGCAGCGUCACUAGAAGAAUUUAAUGAGGUGUAUCUUGUUACUAAUCUAAUGGGAGCAGAUCUCAAUAACAUAGUCAAAUUUCAACGCCUUUCAGACGAGCAUGUGCAGUUCCUCAUUUAUCAGUUACUUCGUGGCCUUAAGUACAUCCAUUCAGCUGGACUAAUACACAGAGAUCUAAAACCAAGCAAUGUAGCUGUGAAUGAAGACUGUGAACUCAGGAUCCUGGAUUUCGGAUUGGCCAGGCAGACAGAUGAUGAGAUGACCGGGUAUGUGGCAACACGCUGGUAUAGAGCGCCUGAAAUUAUGCUCAACUGGAUGCAUUAUAAUCAGACAGUGGAUAUCUGGUCUGUUGGAUGCAUUAUGGGCGAGCUUAUUAAGGGGAAAGUCUUGUUUCCAGGAAAUGACUAUAUAGAUCAGCUGAAAAGAAUCAUGGAGGUGGUUGGUACCCCAACUCCUGACCUUCUCAAGAAGAUCUCUUCAGAGCAUGCACAGAAAUACAUCCAGUCCCUUCCCUACAUGCCCCAGCAGGAUCUGGGGAAGAUAUUCAGAGGAGCCAAUCCACAGGCGGUGGAUUUGUUAAAGAGAAUGUUGGUGUUAGACUGCGACAGGCGGAUCUCUGCCACUGAAGCCCUGUCCCACCCUUAUUUCUCUCAGUAUCACGAUCCUGAAGAUGAACCUGAGGCACCAUUAUAUGACCAAACCCCUGAAAGCAAGGACCGCACGCUGGAGGAAUGGAAGGAGCUAGUGUUUGAGGAAGUUAACAGUUUUAAAGCCCCGGUCACCCAAACGGACAGCCUCCAGGCUGAGCAGUAAAACUACCCGAGAGGGGCAAAUACUUUUGAUUUGUCUCUCAUAUGACUCAAGACUGGGGAUCUGAGGACCUGGCAGUUAGGCAACUAGUAAAAUGAAAAAACAAUGCAUUCCAUUGAGAUAAAGGGUGUGUGUGUGUGUGUGUGUGUGUGUGUGUUAUAGACUUAUGAAUGCUGGAAAGUAAUAUGUCUCCACUUUCAAGGAAACAUUAUAGACUCCUACAUGCACAGCUGAUAUAUUAUUAUUAUUAUUAUAGACAGCAUGUUGUGUUUCUAGUGUACUUUUUCUUACAAGGACAAUACAAGAGACAUGAAGCGAAAUCUGGAUGUCAAUCAAAUCAAGAUGAGGAGGAAAAGGUCAGCAUGAAGACUAAAUGUUUACACAGAAGUUCCAUGUUUCACUGGAUGAACAACACAUACAUUAUAAACACUAGAGGAACAGAGAAUCAAAACUUUAAAAGAAGCAUUACAUCUUAUUCAUUUAAUCAUAAUAAUAUCUUUAUGUAAUAAAACACUUGAAGAUGAAAUUUUGACAUUAUGAAGUUAUGAAUAUGAUUUUAAAAAUACAAAAAACAGCAGAGUUAGUGUCACAUUAUUCACAGUUUUGAUUUGUUGCACCAAAGAUUAGAUAAGUAUAAAUAUGUGACAAAUUGAACUGAAACCUGGUGAUUGUAAUACUGUGACGGUACAGUGUUUUGCUGCCAGGGUUUGUGUUUUUUUUAUACUAUUAGAAGGAAGCUUUACUGCAAAUCAUUACAAACACACCUACAGGGCGACAUCAGAGCUCAUUGAAUGAGUAUGAAAAGUAUGUGAAUCAUAUAUGAUAGGCAUUCAAGUCAAACGACAAAAGACUUAUUAUUGUACAGAAUAACAAAACCCCGUUAUGAGAGUAAAAAACCCCUUAAUUUAUAAUCCCCUGCACAUAAUUUACUCGUGCUUGGAUACCAUCAGGGUUGACAGUUUUCUCAGUACGCCGGAGCCAUGAAUACAUUUCCUACUUUACAUCUGAAACACCGGCCUACCAGGAACUCCUUUAAUAAACCAAACAUGUGGAAUUGGCUUUAAGAGAGGUCAUGACUAUACUGGAGGAUGUGGCAGUAAAAUCCCAGCUAAGUUCCGACACAUAGAUGCGUCUCUUCCGCAAGUUGGCAACAAGUUGUCGGCCCAUUUUCAAGGAUCAGGCGUUCCUCUCGAUUAAAGUUUCACAUGAAUCACUGCAGUGGGCCCCAGGCCACUUUGAGUGGGGUCGUCAUUUACAGAUGUAUGGCCUUUAAAACGUUUGCAACCUUAAAUUUUUUUACCUCGUCUCAUCACUAUGCUGUGCUAGAAGCACAGUAGAAAUUCAGCAGAAAUUUUAUUACAAGUCCCAGUUUGACUUGAACGCCCCUCAUACUAUGACCUUAACUGAAACCAGGUCUCAUUAAUGCCUAUGGCAGAUUUUUGGCAAAUGUGUGAGGAAGCAUUCUUUAACGCCAUUAUCAAAUCACUAACUAUGGGAGUGUCUUGUUUUACACCUCAAGUUCAGCACCGAGGACUUUUUUACGUUUUUUUUUUCUUAUAUCUGUAGCUUCUACUUUGCUUGUAACUUCCCUUGUCAUUUUAUAUGUAUAUUAUUUAUACCCUAUAUGCGCACAUAUGCAUAUAGUUAAGUGGAAAUGAAAGUGUCUGCAUUUCCUAAAUUUGAGCGGAAACCAACAGUUAAAUUAUAUUUCUGAAUUUGAUCUAAACGUGAAUCUUAUUCCAUUUAUCUUUAAAGACUUUUACCUGUUGUUUACUUUGAAGCUCUUUGCCAGUUUUUAUUUCUGCUCUCCUUUCUAGUAUCGUGUCUUUAUAUUAAUGUGUCUUACAUUUCUCACUGAUGGUUUUUACUGCUGGUUAUGGUUAAGGCAAACACACUAAUAUCUCAUUUUAUUUCUCUGAAGGUCAGAGUUUUGUUUUUGGCCUUGUAAAGACUUUGUUCUUUAUACUAUUGACUCGACUGCUUACAGCAAACAGCUUAUGAAUAAGUGUGUUUGAAAUCUUUAUGCAUCACACAAGACUUGGCAAAAGUAAACAUGUGGUUUAAGUCUUUUAAAGUCUUAACGAGGCACGUUUAAAUAAAUCACUACAGCGUUGAAACGGGGAUGCGAUAUACUGUAACAUACGGCAUGUCUAGAUGUGGUAAUACUGUAUCUCACUAUUCAAGAUCUUUAUGUCAUUUAAAAGAAGUGAUCAGAUUAUUGACAUCUCACAUACCUCAGUUGCUUUUGUGAGUGUGUGAAUUAUGAAUCGUCAGACUUGAAAGUGGAACAUGUUUAGUGUUGAGAUGUUGUGCUGUAUGUUGUUUUAAUAGCUGUUCUUCCACUGACUGAAUGAACUGGUGCUUGAUUGGCUGUAGUGAGUCCCUCUGUGAAUUCACUUCACUCACACACCAGUUAAAUAUCUACGGUUGGUUUGCACUGCACUGUUUUACGCUACAGUUAUGAAUUUGU